GACUGACACUGUACGGUACAGACCGGCGGACGUACGUUGCAUGCAUGGGCGGAUCUGAUGCUUGCUUGCUUGCUUGCUUGCUUGCUUGCUUGCUUGCUUGCAUGCGCGCCUACCUUGGCGUCUCGAGCACCGGCCAUUCAUGCGCGCAUGAUCGACCGCUCAAUCGGCCGAAAGGAGACAUCGCAGCGGUAACGUGACGGCGCAUUCUCAUCAGAUCGAAGCAAUCGUGAGUGAGCUCGGUCUGUAUGCACU